AUGAAGUUUGAAUUGGACGAUUCGAAGAAGGAAUCCAUCGCCUUCCACGCGCUCCAGUUCGCGAAGAAAGCACCCACCGCAGCUCAGAUAAACGAACUGGACGAACAAAGCGCGACAGAUUCCGGGCAAUUUCUGCGAGAACUUUCGGAAAUUUCGCCACAAUCAGUCGCGAAUCCGUCGAUAUGCGAUGGCAUUUUCGUCUGUUCGAACGUGUUGGAAGAUGCGAACGCGUCGAGUUCUCGGAAAACGCACGCGUUUGCGUUACUGGCGAACAUGUUUACGGACGAGGAAGUUCUGCGUCGAACGCAUUUACACGAGAAUAAGAAAUUAGCGAAAAUAACCAUCGAACAUUUGUUCUCGUUGGAUGUGAAGGUCGAUCGACCGUGUUUGACGCAAGUCGCUCGCUUACUCGUCGCCGCGGGACAAAAGUGCAAAAGUUUGGGGUACCAGUGGGGCGAACUCGGCGACGAAAACGACGAGGUGUGGUGGCUCGAGUUGUUGUACGACGAAGACGUACAACAGAGGCUGAAAAGCAUUAAAGAGUUAGGAGAGCGGAGUAGUUCCGUGGACGAAUUGUGCGGUUUGAUCGGAGAUAUCGAGUUGUUAACCGUAAACAGUCCGGCCGCGACGAUGUAA